CACUUAUGCAACGUCACAAUCGCUUAACGAAAAAACCGAACUCCUCCAGUUUGGUGGAGGGAAAAACGACUGUCCAAACGAUACUCUGGACUCAACAUCUCGCGAACAAUGGAAAUCCUUAAAGAUACAUUUGAGCAAAGGUUACCUAUAGUUGCUGAAGCCAUUGAGAAUUGUGACUUUCUAGCGAUAGACGCCGAAUUCACUGGUUUACACAGGUACCCAAGCCAGCAUCGCUUCCAAACUAUUCAAAAGAGAUAUGAAGUAUUUGUGAGCGCCGUGUCAAACUUCGCGAUCAUACAAUUUGGAAUAUGCACAUUUCACUGGAGUAAAACAGCCAACCGUUACUUUGCCAAACCCUUCAACUUUUAUGUAUUCCCGAGGAGCACUAAAGGCAGAAAGGAAAUGAACCGUUGCUUUGGAGUACAGGGCGAGGCAUUCGAUUUUCUAACAACUUGUGGUUUUGAUUUCAAUAAGUGGGUAUAUAGCGGCAUCUCAUACUUGACACCCGCCGAAGAGAAGAAGUUCGAGCAGGAAGGACUUGAAAGAUUAAAUAACGCAAUUCCAGACAUACCAGUCGAUCGUAAGGAGGUUGAGUUUAUGUCGGAUGUCAAAGAUAAAAUUGAUGCAUGGUUACAAGUAAAGGAUAAGAAGAAGAGGGGCAAUCUUGAAAUAAUUGCCCUUAAUGGGUAUCGACGACGCUUGGUUUAUCAGGAAGUUCGCAACAACUAUCCUCAGUUGACAGCAUUUGGAAAGAAAGAUUGUAUCUGCGUAUGCUACGUCAAUGAAAAGAAGGAAGAACAGCGUUACCUUGAAAAGAGAAUGCAAUUUGAUAAAGAAAAGAAAGAGGCUAUUGGAUUUAGAAAAGUGAUAGAUUUGAUAUCACAAUCGAAAAAACCAGUAGUUGGACAUAAUGUGCUGUUGGACCUUUGCCAUAUGGUGAAUCAAUUCAUAGCACCAUUGCCGGCAGAUUUAAAAGAUUUCAAGGAUAUGGUACAUCGACGAUUCCCAAGUGUGAUCGACACCAAGUUCCUCGCCGCGCAAGCACCGGAUCUCGCACAUUUUCAAUCCACAAGCCUUGAAAAUAUUUACUUUGAAACACGUUUGCCACCAUUCGAUGGGCCAAAAAUCGAAUUGCAUUGGGACUUUCCAGCAUACCAAGUAUCCAGGGCUCAUGAAGCAGCUUACGAUGCCUAUAUAACUGGCUAUGUGUUUUUACAAAUGGCUAAUUACAUACAUUCCAAAACCCUUCCAGCUCCUGUGGACAUUGAGUCACCAUCUGAUCAUAAUUAUGAGCAUGACGAGGAAAGCAGUACAGAAGGAUUCUAUAAGUUUAACACAAAAGCAAAUGCUGAUACACCAGAAUUUGAUAUUUCCAACGUCUCGUGGGAAAAGAAAUUCGAUAAUACUGCGUCGAUGAAUAUGCUUUGGGGAAAUAAGGAGGCCGACGAGGUGGCUACCGAAUUAAACAAUGAGCUAUCAUCGCCACAGGGUAGUACCAAUAUUGCAGAGCAUGCCAACGUUGUCGACGUCGAAGAAAAACUCCAAAACUUACUAAGCAGUAGUCAAAGUCAAGGCAGCGAUCCUGCUAGCCUUAUCACGUCACCAAAGGAAUCCACGACAAUACAAAACCAUCCUAGCGAAACAUUCAAUAAAUGAAACGUAUAAAUGGGA